CUCUAAAUUCUCUUCUCUUUCUCUCUCUAGAAAAAUAAAUAAAUAAAACCUCAAUUUUAGGCAACACCCGCGCGCUCUCUCUCUCUCUCUCAAGCCUCAUUCUCCCAUCAUUCUUCUUCUCCACAUAUUAAUUCUUCUUUCUUUCUGGGGAUAUGUUGGCCUAAAAUUAAUUUUCUUGAAUUCUUUUUUCACAUCUAGUCAAAUUUUGCGGUUUCGCUGUUUAAAUCGUGCGAUAUACGUAUUAUAUGCAUGAAAUUGUUCCCUUUUGUUAGUAUCUUUUGAUUUGGGCCUAGGGAUAUGUGAAACAGUUAAUUUCUUAUGGGCAUCUUUUAUUUCUUGUUUUUACUUGAAGAAAGAUUUGUUUUAUCCUUUUGGGUUUGAUUUUCUGUUAAGAAGAAUGUUUAUGGAUGGUGUUGGAGUCGGUCUUUGCGAUUAGAAAAAUAUUAGGGGUCGUUUUCUUAGGGUUUACUUUUAAAUCUUUUCUUUCUGGGCAUUUUCCCCAGCUCUUGCUGGCUGGCUCUUGAAAAGUCAAAUUUUUCUUUUUUAAUUCUCAUGGAUUAUUUGUCCUCUCUUUUAUAUGAAUCUUAUUGGUUUAGAAGUCCACAUUGGAAUUGACUUCUUUGUUUUACCUAUUCCUAUUUGUAUUAGAAUUCCUCUUAUAAAAGGCAAUUUAUCAGAGUUUUCGUUGUUCAAAAUUCGGAGAUUAAAAGGUUGAACCUAAAUCUGUAUUCAUGUUUUGCUUGAUCAUGAAGCUCUGAUCUUUUGUUGGGAAAAAAAAAUGAUUUUUGGGGUGACAUAUUUGAUUUUGUAUACUGGUUUGAUUAGUUUGCCUAUUUUAGUUAAGAGUUGUUGAUUGUGCUGCAUAUUUUCUAGUUUAAGGCUUGAUAUUGUUGCUGAGUUUUGGGCAACAUGGAUACAAAUACGAACGAUGAGUUGAAGGGCAUGGAAAAUAGUAGUAUUAACAACUUGUCGGAGAAGAGUGUAGGAAGCAUUAGCAGCAAAGAUAUGAUUUUUCGGGCUGAUAAGAUCGAUCUCAAGAGCUUAGAUUUGCAGCUUGAGAAGCAUCUGAGCAAGGUUUGGUCUAGGAAUUUGGAAACUCAGAGCAGCCAAAAGCCUAGAGAGGUGUGGGAGAUCGAUCCUACUAAGUUAGAAAUUCGAUACCUUGUGGCUCAGGGAACCUACGGCAUAGUUUACCGGGGAACUUAUGAUGGUCGGGAUGUUGCAGUUAAGCUGUUGGAUUGGGAGGAUGGCACGAAAACAGCUGCAGAAGCUGCUGAGAUUCGAGCAUCAUUCAAACAGGAGGUUUCUGUUUGGCACAAGCUCAACCAUCCAAAUGUCACAAGCUUUGUUGGCGCAUCAAUGGGGACUUCACAAUUGAAAAUUCCUCCAAAAAACCCAUCCGAGGGUUAUACGAAUCUUCCACCAAGGGCAUGUUGCGUUCUGGUGGAAUUUCUACCCGGAGGCACGUUGAAGAACUACUUAUUCAAGAACCGAAAAAAGAAGCUUCCCUUUAAAGUUGUGAUCCAACUUGCUCUGGACCUCUCAAGAGGGCUAAGCUAUCUGCACGCGCAAAGGAUUGUACACCGUGAUGUCAAAGCGGAAAACAUGCUUAUAGGUUCUCAAAGAACACUGAAAAUCGCUGAUUUUGGUGUCGCUCGUGUUGAAGCUCAGAACCCGGGGGACAUGACCGGUGAAACCGGAACUCUAGGCUACAUGGCUCCCGAGGUACUCGAUGGGAAGCCUUAUAACCGGAAGUGCGAUGUGUACAGCUUUGGUGUUUGCUUGUGGGAAAUAUAUUGCUGUGAUCUACCUUAUCCUGAUCUUAGCUUUGCUGAUAUUUCAUCAGCUGUUGUUAAACAGAACCUACGGCCGGACAUCCCUCGUUGUUGCCCAAGCUCUCUUGCAAGCAUCAUGAAACGGUGUUGGGAUGCGAACCCGGAGAAACGGCCAGAGAUGGACGAGGUGGUGAGGUUGCUGGAGUCGAUCGACACGAGUAGAGGCGGCGGCAUGAUACCGGAAGACCAAUUACCAGGGUGUUUCUGCUUUGCUCCGAGUAGGGGGCCAUAAGAGUUUGCCCUCUGUUUUUCAGCCAUUACAAAACUUGUCAAGAGGUGAUCGAUUUCUUCGUUUCUUCGUUUCUUUGUCUAUUUGCCCUCAUUGUGGGGCAUUUCCUUUUUAUAACGAGGAAAAAUACACAGCUGUAAUUUAUUAUUGCAUCAUCCAUGAAUCCAAUGUUCGUCUAUUUUGUAAAUAAUGGGCUAAAUUUGUAAACUCACUUUGAACUCAAUGUCAUUGAGUAUUUAGAUUAUGAAAUGUUUUCAAGACUCAAA